AUGAGCGGAGCAUUGCGUGAAGAGAACGCAAGUUACCAUGGAAUUCCUUUUUCAGUUGACUUUACGCAUCCUGAAGACUAUUUCAUCUUUAUUUACCAGAUCGUAUUUGCCACGUGCGCUUUUCUUCUAGCUGGAUCUGUAACCAUGGGUAUUUUGAAAACAAGAGCUCUCCGAAAUCAGAACAGAUUUAUUUUUAUGGCAAACACAAGCAUUAGCGACACACUAACGGGCCUCUCCGUUUAUUAUUUGUGUGUUUUUGAUGUUCAAGAAGCAUAUCCAUCCAGAAAUGGAACAUUUUUCAUUUUAACAUCUUUGCUUGGUGUAAAUGUUUUAACAUUUAUGUUUGCUCAGUUUGACCGGUACUGUGCUGUAUGUCACCCCUUCUUUUAUAGCCGUUUUAUUUCUAGCUCACUUGUAACUGGAGUUUGCGUGUAUUGUUGGUUCCAUGUUUACAUACAAACACUUGCAUUACAAAUAGUCCCUGCUGCUGUGGCUGUUAAAGUAUAUGCGUUUAGCAUUGCCUAUUUUCAGAUUGUAGUUGUGACCAAAAUAAUCAUGAACAUAAAAUUAUAUGUAGUUGCUCGUAAUCAACUAGCACGAGACGCACCAAGCCCAGAGAGGGAAAAUAAGAGAGAAUCCUUACGGAUAAUAAUUUUAGUGGUUGCAGUUUUCUUAAUUCUCUGGACUCCUGCGUUUGUCAACAUUGUUGUAAAACAGGUGACCACAUACGGCAUAUACUUCAGGAACGAGGCCACAAACAUAUUCGCAUCAAUGGCACGUUUUAACGCGAUCAGCACGUCGGCGCUUUACAUUUGGGCCAGUCCAGAAUUACGCGAGGCUGUUUUGCACAUCGGCUGGCACAAAGUUAGGCCUCAAAUAACUAGGUACAAUUUAAAAUCGAAUUCUAAAUCUUGA